CGCGUUGCGUUUGACACAACCUCUGCCGCUAGAUAUAAACGGCAGAGAAAAGCAAAAAACUAGGGUAAAGCGAAAGGCAUUUACCGCGAGGAAAAGAAAGCCGAACCGAAAAUGUCCAGCACGGAAGAUUUCUACUUGCGGUACUACGUCGGUCACAAGGGCAAGUUUGGCCACGAGUUUCUGGAGUUCGAGUUCCGGCCGGAUGGUAAGCUGCGGUACGCAAACAAUUCCAACUACAAAAACGACACCAUGAUCCGGAAGGAGGCGUACGUGCAUCAAGCGGUAAUGGAGGAGCUGAAGCGCAUCAUACUGGAUUCGGAAAUUAUGGCCGAAGAUGAUUCCCUGUGGCCACCGCCAGACCGUGUAGGACGGCAGGAGCUAGAAAUAGUGAUAGGCGAUGAGCACAUCUCUUUUACCACGUCCAAAACGGGUUCGCUGGUGGACGUAAAUCAGUCCAAAGAUCCAGAAGGACUUCGCGGGUUCUACUACCUCGUGCAGGAUCUUAAGUGUCUUGUAUUCUCAUUAAUUGGACUACACUUCAAAAUCAAACCCAUCUAAGCGGUGCGAUACUUUACGGAAGCGCACUUAUACUUUCUUUUACAACAAACAUACAUUACGGUGGAAUAACAUGUGUUUUUUCACUUUAUUUACUAAAAAAAAACAAAGAUUCUCUAUCGCAUUUCGAAAUGUGAAACAUUCUUUGUAACAAUGUAGAUUAAUCAUAAUAAACGUAAAGGACACUUUCGCUUA